AUGAGAUUCCCCGCUCUUAUAUCAGGAUGCACCAUAGAUUGGUUCCAACCGUGGCCUAAAGCAGCUUUAGUACAAGUUGCUGACCAUUUUCUAUCAGAAUUUGAGAUCGAAUGUACUAAAGAGGUUAAGAAAGAACUUGUUACUGUAUUGGGUACAAUACAAGAUGUCGUUUCCGGAGUAUCGACGGAAUAUUUUCAAAGAUUUCGCAGAUCUUCCCAUGUAACUCCCAAGUCUUACCUUAAUUUUAUAGGAGGUUACAAAACAAUUUAUCAAAUGAAACAAAAAGAGCUUGGUGAUGGAGCUUUGCGAAUGGAUACGGGUCUAGAAAAACUCCGUGAAGCCUCUAUUUCUGUAGAGGUACUGAAAAAAGAUCUAGCGGUAAUGGAGCAAGAUUUAGCUCUUGCAUCAGAAAAGGCUGAUCGUGUACUAACAGAAGUAACAGAAAGAGCAAUGCAGGCGGAAAUAGUAAAAAAUCAAGUACAAAUAGUUAAAGAAAAAGCGGAAGCGUUAGUGGCAUACAUAGCAGAAGAGAAAGAAAAGGCUGAAAUAAAGCUAGAAGCUGCAAAGCCAGCGCUUGAAGAAGCUGAAGCCGCUUUAAAUACUAUAAAACCAGCUCAUAUAGCGACCGUAAGAAAAUUAGGAAGACCACCACAUCUAAUUAUGAGGAUAAUGGACUGUGUAUUGAUCCUAUUCCAAAGAAGACUACAUCCACUUAUUCCUGACACAGCCGCACCGUGUCCAAAGCCAUCAUGGGCAGAAUCAUUGAAGAUGAUGGCUAGCACAACAUUCCUGUUACAACUACAGAACUACCCAAAAGAUAUAAUCAACAAUGAAAUGGUAGAGCAUUUAUAUCCAUACUUUGAAAUGGAAGACUAUAAUAUGGACACGGCCAAACGUGUCUGUGGUGACGUAGCUGGGCUUUUAUCAUGGACCAAAGCCAUGGCAUUUUUCCAUAGCGUAAACAAAGAGGUGCUUCCACUCAAAGCCAAUCUACUGUUGCAAGAAGCCAGAUUAAAGGUGGCUAUGGAAGAUUUAGCAUCAGCAGAAAGACAAUUAGAAGAACGUGAAAUGUCUUUACGUAAAGUAAAAGAACAGUAUGAGUCUGCUGUGUCAGAAAAACAACAGUUAACGGAUGCCGCCAAUGUUUGCUUGAGAAAAAUGACCGCUGCCACGGCAUUGAUUAAUGGUCUUGGAGGAGAGAAAAUUAGAUGGACACAGCAAAGUAAAGACUUUAAGGAACAGUUGGGCAGACUCGUAGGCGACGUUGUAUUAGCUACUGGAUUCUUAUCUUACUGUGGACCAUAUAAUCAAGAGUUCCGGAAUAGCCUUCUUGACACUUGGAUGGGAAUACUGAAAAAGAAGGAAAUACCCGUUACUGACAGUCUAAACAUAACCAACAUGUUAGUUGAAAAUGCAACAAUAUCAGAAUGGACAUUGCAAGGUCUACCUAAUGAUGACUUAUCCGUACAAAAUGCCCUGAUUGUAACUAAAUCGAGUUCUUAUCCAUUACUAGUGGAUCCACAAAGUCAAGGCAAGAAUUGGAUCAAAAAUAAAGAAAGCACGAAUGAAUUACAAAUAACAUCUUUAAAUCACAAAUAUUUUAGAACACAUUUAGAGGAUAGUCUUUCUCUGGGUAGACCGUUGUUGAUCGAAGAUGUUGGUGUAGAAUUAGAUCCAGUUAUAGAUAAUGUUUUGGAGAAAAAUUUUAUAAAAUCAGGCUCUAUAGAAAAAGUAAUGGUAGGGGACAAAGAAUGCGACGUUAUGCCAGGUUUUAUGUUAUACAUUACGACAAAAUUACCUAACCCAGCUUAUUCUCCUGAAAUAAGUGCAAAGACUUCGAUCAUAGAUUUUACUGUAACUAUGCAAGGAUUAGAAGAUCAAUUACUCGGUCGUGUUAUUUUGAUGGAAAAAUCAGAUUUGGAAGAAGAACGUGUAGCACUGUUUGAAUCUGUUAUGAAAAAUCAAAGGAGCAUGAAAGAAUUAGAGAGUAACUUACUGUGUCGCCUUACAUCAUCUGAAGGAUCGUUGGUGGACGACGAAGCAUUAAUUCAAGUCCUUCAGAUAACUAAAACAACGGCAGAAGAAGUUAACGAAAAACUCAAAGUAGCUGAAGUAACCGAGAAGAAAAUUAUCAAAGCUAGAGAAGAAUUCAGAGCGGUGGCAGGAAGGGGUUCUAUACUUUACUUCUUGAUUGUCGAGAUGAGUAACGUAAAUAUUAUGUAUCAAAACUCAUUGAAACAGUUUUUAAACAUAUUUGAUAGUUCUAUUACGAAAUCUACCAAAAGUAAUGUAACUGAAGAGAGAAUAGACAUUAUCCUAAAAUACUUGACACGCGAAGUUUGGGCGUUUACAUUACGAAGUUUAUAUGAGAGGCAUAAAGCCUUGUUUACUCUUAUGUUGGCAAUGAAGAUUGACUGUCAUAGAGGCUUAAUAUCACAUGAUGAAUUUAUGGCGUUCGUAAAAGGUGGUGCAUCUUUAGACUUAAAUGCCGUCACUCCAAAGCCAUUCCGUUGGAUUUUGGAUAUCACGUGGUUAAAUCUGGUUGAAAUUAGCAAGUUACAAAUAUUCAACGAUGUAUUACAAAGAAUAUCGUCAAAUGAAAAAGAGUGGCGCGUGUGGUAUGAGAAGGCCAAACCGGAAGAAGAGACGAUUCCUAAUGGCUACCAUGACAGCUUGGACGUGUUCCGCAAACUGUUACUCAUCCGUUCAUGGAGUCCAGACCGCACACUUUCACAGGCCAGAAAGUACAUUGUUGACUCUUUGGGGCCCGAGUACGGAGAGGGAUGUAUAUUGAAUUUAGAAACGACGUGGGAAGAGUCAGAACCCCGCACUCCACUUAUCUGCAUUUUAUCAAUUGGUUCAGAUCCAUCGGCUCAAAUCGCAACUCUUGCUAAAGCAAAGGAAAUAGUUUUAAAAGCCGUCUCCAUGGGUCAAGGUCAAGAAGUAGUUGCUCGCAAAAUGAUCUCGGAUUCUAUGAACGAAGGCGGUUGGGUCCUUCUGCAAAACAUUCAUCUGUCUCUUCCAUUCUGUGUAGAAGCGAUGGAUGCUCUCAUAGAAACAGAACAUAUACAAGAAUCCUUCCGUCUAUGGCUAACUACUGAAGUUCACACAGAUUUUCCAAUUGGCCUUCUUCAAAUGGCUAUUAAAUUCACAAAUGAACCACCCCAAGGAAUCCGAGCUAGCAUGAAAAGAACAUACCAAAACAUAACGCAAGACACUUUAGAUUACUCUUCAUUAACACAAUGGCCACCGCUAUUAUACGCCGUUGCAUUUUUACAUACUAUAGUUCAAGAGCGAAGGAAAUUCGGACCUUUAGGUUGGAAUAUACCGUAUGAGUUCAAUCAAGCUGAUUAUGCAGCCAGCGUUCAAUUUAUACAAAAUCAUCUUGAUGAAAUAGAUCCAAAGAAAGGCAUAUCUUGGCCAACUGUUUGCUAUAUGCUCGGGGAAGUCCAAUAUGGCGGUCGAGUGACAGACGAUUUUGAUAAACGUCUUCUGACAACUUUCACCAACGUGUGGUUCUGCGACGUUUUACUCAGGCCAGGAUUCGAGUUUUACAAAGGAUACAAAGUGCCGCAAACCAGGAAUUUGCAAGGAUAUGUAGACUAUAUCAAUCAACUGCCUUUGACGGAUACGCCAGAAGUGUUUGGCUUACACGGUAACGCUGAUAUAACAUAUCAGAUUAAUAGUGCAAAAGAUAUCUUAGAUACAAUAUUGAAUGUACAACCCAAGGAAGGAGGAAGUCAAGGCGGAGAAACGAGAGAAAGUAUUGUGUACCGCUUGGCUGAAGACAUGUUGGAGAAAUUGCCUAAACAGUAUAUAAGUUUUGAAGUAAAAGAAGCUCUACAAAAGAUGGGGGCAUUUUUACCAAUGAACAUUUUUCUGAGGCAAGAAAUUGAUAGGAUACAGAAGGUAAUAAAAACAGUCAGCUCAACUCUCUGCGAUUUAAAGUUGGCAAUUGACGGUACAAUAGUCAUGAGCCAAGGUUUGCGAGAAUCUCUUGAUGCUAUGUAUGAUGCUCGAAUUCCUCAAAAAUGGUUAAAAGUCUCAUGGGAGUCAGCCACACUCGGUUUUUGGUAUACUGAGCUCCUAGAGCGCGAGCAACAAUAUAGAGUGUGGCUAAAAAACGGUCGGCCUACCACGUUUUGGAUGACUGGAUUCUUCAAUCCGCAGGGCUUCCUUACUGCUAUGAGACAGGAAGUUACCCGCAGCCACAAAGGUUGGGCUUUAGACUCUGUGGUCUUGCAGAACCAUAUAACCAAAUUCAAUCGUGAGGACGUCCACGAGGGACCAGCUGAGGGUGUUUACGUUUACGGCCUGUUCUUAGAAGGUGCUUCCCUUGACAGAAAAUCUGGCAAAUUAAUUGAAUCAAAGCCGAAAGUUCUGUAUGAGCAAAUGCCAGUAAUCUACAUCUUUGCUAUAAAUACCACCGCUGGGAAAGACCCGCGUCUAUACGAGUGCCCCAUAUACAGGAAGCCGCAGAGGACAGAUGCGAAGUACGUGGGUUCCAUAGACUUUGAAACUGACAGCAACCCACGACAUUGGACCUUAAGAGGUGUUGCACUUCUCUGUGAUAUCAAAUAGAAACAUUGAUAUCACCCUUGGAACCAAAAUCACAUAUGGGAUUUAUAAUAAAGUUAUUUUCAGAUGAUUUA